GAAAGUGGAGAAACUACAGUUUGGAAGACUGAUAAUAGCUCCUCACUAGUUUCUGCCGUAUCUCUCAGGAAUUAAGCUGUCAUCGUUUUGAAAAAGGUUCAGUAUCUGGCUGGGAAACGUCCAAAAGGUUAGGAAAGCUUUGUUGGUCAAUACAAGGGGAAAAUGAUAUGUGGGUGUGUACGCUCAGGUUAAUGACUAAUGGAGAGCACCUGGAACAAAGUCCACAUAAGCAGCCAGAAACCAGACUGAGCAUAGGCUGUGACCCUUGGAGGACAUCAGGGUGGCGUGUUGCCGGGUGCUGAGCAUGAGCGCACCAUCUUCAGGUCGGAAGACCCCGGUGGACCACGGUGUCCAGAUCCGCUUCAUCAAUGACCUCUACGACAGUGGGGGUGGGCAGCCAGCACCCCAGCCCAAGACCAAGACCAAAAACAGCAACUCCAAAUAUGGCGUUGCGGUCAGAGUGCAGGGCAUCGCUGGCCAGCCGUACGUGGUCCUGAAGGACGGACAGAAGGGAGACUCGUACGGGGUCCAGCUCAGGACCCAGUACCCCUCUGGUUACAGUAGCCUUCCCCGGAGGAGUGAGAAGGGCGAGCCAGGGACAGAGGUGGGUGAUGUAGGGGGAGGAGGAGGGCAGGGAGGGGCACUACGCCGGGCCCAGUCCCAUGGGUCUCUGCUGGACAGGGACGAGGAGGGAAAUGAGGCUUUCCCCCCGCCCAGGCCACCAGGGGAUGGGAAGUCCGGCAGUUAUGGGAAUCUGGACGGAGGAAUCGGAGUAAGGGGGGAGAGAGAGCAGGUUCGGCGUGUGGGAGGUAGAGAGGGGGAAAAUAAUACGUGGGACGGCUCGAACAGAGCAGGGCUCAACGGAUCAGUGAGGGGCGGUCAGUCCUACCCUGACCCUCCUCAAACCAAUCAGAGACUGACUCCUGUCAACAGUCUCAUCAACCGGUACGAUGGAGGCCAACAGAGAGGACCCCCUGCUGAGCACCGAGGUCCCAGAGCUACCUCUCCUGUCCUCACCCCCAACCCCUACACCUCCCCCCAGUCCUCAACUCACAGCAGCCUGGGACGCAGCCAGGUUUCCACACUCCCGGGACAUGCUGCAGAUCAGUGGACUUCUCCAGGAAGAUACCCUGCUGCAGAGCACAGCCGCUCCGAGGCACACGUGACCCCUGACCUUUUGCUGGACCAGGGUCGGAGUGCGGAGGCGACCGGUGAGGACGAGCAGAUCAUGCAGACCAUAUACAACAUCCUGAGACAAGGGACCAGCGAGAGUGAUGUAGUCAUCAGGCACAAAGUCAAGGCCAUCUUCCAGAAGAUUCAGAAUCUCAAGCCAAUAGGAAGAGCCCAGGAAGAGUGGAUGAGAGAAAAGAGCGAGCUGGAAAGAAAGAUGGCUGACCUACAAUCUGCCCUGCAGGCGGAAAGAAGGGACUCUGUCUGCAACUCUGAUCCUGCUCUGAAAGCUGAGCUGGAGUCCUGUCUGGAUGAAAAUCUGCAACUCCAGGAGAUGCUCGACCGGAAGCAGAUAGAGUUAAAUGAAACCCAAUCAGAGCUGACUCAGCUGCGUAUGGACAGAGAGAACGCAGAGGUGCGGGUCAGAGACAUGGAGGACCAGCUGGCUGAGCUUCAGGAUGAACUGCGAAGAGAGGGUGGCAAAAAGACGGAUCUGAUGUCCAGUCAGACGCAGCUGAUGGAGGUGUGUCAGCUGAAACAGAAGCUGGAGGAGGCGCUGAGGCAGAGAGAGAGGGAGCUCACGGCUCUCAAAGGAGCUCUGAAGGAAGAGGUGGCCUCCCAUGACAAAGAGGUGGAGGUGCUGCGGGAGCAGUACAGCACCGACAUGGAGAAGCUCCGCAGCAGCAUGGAGCAGGUUUCUCAGUCCCAUGCAGGGAUCGAGGCAGAGCGGCUGCGAGUGAAUGCGUCAGUCCGCUCCCUGCAGCAGCAGCUGGAGGACUGCAGAGACGAGAGCAGCCACUGGAUGGAGCAGUUCCACUCCACCAGAGACGAACUUCGAACAACCAAACAAGAGCUCCUGCAAAUCCGUCUGGAAAAAGAAGAAUUUGAGGAGGAACUAAAGGAGGUCCAGGAGAAAGUGAGCACUAUGAAACAACAGAAACCGGACACUGGACACACAGACACUCUCAACCAGGAACUUCAGCGGCACAAGGACGAUCUUCAGAAGGCUAAGUCUGAGGUGGAGAAGCAGAGGACGGCGUACGACAAAAAGGUCAUGGAGGUCAUCUCGAUAAAAAAAUCUCACCAGGCAGAGGCAGAACUGAAGUACGAGAUUGACAGGCUGAAGGACCAAUUACAGAAAGCCAAAGAGGAGGUUGCAAAGGCGCAGGAGAAAAACAAAAAGCUCCCAGACCCAGCAGUCAUCUCAGACCUGGAGCAGAAGCUCAAUGAGACACGUGGUGAAGCUAGUCAGCUCAAAGAGAAGCUCUCAUCAGCUGAGGAAGAAGUGGAGGCUGGUAAAACUCGUCUGACUAGAGCUCAGGCGGAGGUUAAAUCGCUCCAAGAUGCCCAACAGGAGCAGGAGGAGGCCAACACACGUGUCAAAGAGAAACUCUCACGGUUGGAGGCUCAGCUGCAGAACAACGCCACAGAGAGCUCAGAGGCGGAGAUCGCCCUGCACUCUGAGGUGAGAGGGUUACGGUCUGAGCUAGAUGAGGCCAAGAGGAAAUCAUCUAGACAGAGCCAGGACAACCGAGAACUCAUCCUGCGCGUGGAAGACCUGGAGAAAGACAAGGAGACAUUCAAGCAGACCUUCACCCAGCUGGAAGAGACCAAACGACAGCAGGACAGAGCUCUGGAGAAACUCAACAGAGAGUAUGAGACUCUUACAGUUUCCUCUAAAGAGGAGUUGCAGAACAUCCGGGUUCAGCUGGAGGAGCAGAGAGAGAAGGCACGCAAGGAAGUGCAGGAGACGCAACGCCACGGAAAAGAUGCUCAGAGUGAACUGGAAAGAAGUCUAAUCAAUCUGAGGAGACAGGAGGAAGAGAUUUCACGCCAGAAGAAAGAGCUUCUUCUUACAUGUGAGGAGAGAGACAACCACCAGCUGGAUAAAGAGCUUCUGAGCAACAGACUGCGUCACAUCGAGGGAGAGAUGGAGGCCAGCAAAAACGCCCAAAAUGAGAAAAUCCGGGAGAACCGCAUCCUGGAAGACAAGCUGAAGCGUGUGGAGCUGGAGCUGGAGGAGGAGAGAAGCAGCGCAGAGAUGAUGACAGACCGAGUGGCCAGGAGCAGAGACCAGAUCGAUCAGCUGCGCUCCGAGCUCAUGCAGGAGAGAUCCUCCAAACAGGACCUGGAGCUGGACAAGAACGCCAUGGAGAGACAACUGAAGGAGCUAAGGAGUCGUGUGGCCGACAUGGAGGGCCAGUCUCGCUCCUCAGCAGGAGUCUCGCAGCUGGAGAGCAAGAUCCAGGAGCUGGAGGAACAACUGCGGAAUGAGGAGAGGGAGAAGAACUCUAUUUUGGCGUCUCAACGUCGCCUGGAGAGGAAACUCAAGGAUCUCAACAUGACGCUGGAUGAGGAGAAAGAAACACACACUGAACAGAGAGACCAGCUCGCUCUGAGAGUGAAAGCUCUGAAGAGGCAGGUGGACGAAGGAGAGACGGAGCUGGAGAGGAUAGAUGGCCUGAGGAGGAAGGCCCAGAGGGACAUGGAGGAGCAGAUGGAGCUCAAAGAGGCCCUGCAGACCAGAGUCACAGCCCUGGAAACUGAGCUCAAGAGGAAAGCUCAGGCAGCAAUGCGCCCCGCUUUGGACUCAUCAGCCCUCAGUUCAGACGACGAUGACGACAGCCUGUACGAUCGCUCCACCAUCACCUCUAUCCUCACUGAGGGCAACCUCCAGACCAGCUCCUGCUAAAAAAGCACUUCAGGGACGGGGUGAGGGUGGGAAAAUGUAGCACUGAUAAGGAAAAAAAGAGAAGGUUAGCUGCUUUUUAGACUAGAAGUCAAAAGGCAGAAUGGCACACACUACAAUGAGGGAUGGCUGCUUGGCACUUACAUUACAUUUUAGAGGUCAGUAGGGGACCUAUUUUCCACACCAGAGUGAAUGGGAGGAAACUUAACAUCCUCUGCAUUUCAGGGUAUUUCCUUCGGUCUACAAUGUACACUGUACUCCCUGUACAGUUGGAACAACUCAAGGAUUCAUAAAUCGAACAAAGUAAUCGCCUGGAUUGCAAAGAGAGAAUUAUUUUUUUUGAAACAAAAAAUAUCCUCUUGCGUUUUUAAAUACAAAUUGAGUAUGUCGAACCAUUUCAGGGCUGAUAUUCUGGGUAAAGCACUUAUGGUACGAAGCCUGGCUUUGACUGAACAAUCAAAAAUACUCUUCAUCUCUCAACCUGUUGGCUCUGUAGGACUGAACUCACGCAGUCUGUGCCCUGCGUACGCAGAUAUUGACCAAACGCUAAAACUGAGUGCAACCAUGAUUGCCACGUAGCGGAACAAAAAAAACAAGUAAAAGAAAUCUAAUUAUAUAUUUAUUCUCACGCUGGUUUUUCCGAAAGUUUAUGAGCCUGACCGAAUCUAAGGGUUCAGUCCUCAGAAAUACUAGUUUGAAAUGAAAUUCUGAGUUUGUUUAUGUAGAACUAAAUAUAUUUUCACACUUUGUUUUAAUAUGUCACUUCUUUGUUUAUUCCACCAUCCAGACUUUAAGUUCUAUACAUGCGAUCAAAACCUCUUGUUGUUAAAAUGGUUUUGAAUAGUUGUGUCCUUUCUUUUAUGCUGUAUCACUGUAAAGCAGUGAUGAUAACUGUGAGUACAGAUGGGUCCUUUUGUAACGAUAUCUUAAAAUGUAAUGAAAAAGUAGUUUUUCCAGUAAAAAUAAUUGCCAAAAUAUAUUUCUGUCCAAUAAAAACAUUACACAUGUUUUUUGUAUAAGCUGCACAAUUUCUAUGCAUUUCCAUACAGAGAGUCACUAAAAUAUAUUCUCAUCAUUUCAUUAUGAUGCCUUAAAAUGGUUGAAAAUAAUUGUGUAUGUUAUCCGAGUGAUUUUUAUAAAAUGUUUGUAUUUAACAUUUAGCGAUUUUUUGUUGUUGAUUUUCGUUUACUGUUUGAACAAUCAGAGCAAUAAUAACUGUAUUACAUUUUGUCUCCGCCUGUCCUUCCAUUGAAACUGGAGACUGGUACUUAUUAGGGGUGUUGAGUAUAAAGCUGUGUAUUUGAACAUGUUGGUACAUAUGUCAUUGUUGACUGGGAACAGAUUCACACUGUGACUGUACUUCACAUCAUAGAUCCAUUUUUCUAUUGAAUAUAAAUGUAUCCACAAUAAAAGUUAAACUGUU